GCAUAAGAUGGUGUGGUAACGCCGCCCAAGAGUGAACUCGUGGGAACCCUACCGUGGUUGUGGCGAUGGCUGGAGCUGACAGUGGGGGUAUGGGCGGCGGGGGGCGCUCCCUGGGCGGCGGGGGCGGCGGUCCAGGCGAGGGCGGCGGCGUCAGAACCCCGCCCACCACACCCAAGAAGGUCGGCGGCAAAAUGCUGGCGGUGAAGAUACUGAUGCUGGACGACACCUACACACUCUUUCAGAUACAGAGUAAGGCGUGCGCCUCGGUGCUACUGGAGCAGGUGUGUCGCCAGCUGAACCUGCUCGAGUCCGACUACUUCGGCCUCGAGUACACCGACGGCAACACCCGCUACUGGCUCGACCUCGAGAAGCCCAUGAGCAGACAGGUUUGUUUAAGUCAAGUGGAACCAGUUCUGCGGUUUUGUGUCAAGUUUUACACACCGGAUCCGGCCCAGCUUGAAGAGGAGUACACACGGUACCUCUUUGCUCUCCAGAUCAAGCGCGACCUUGCCCAUGGUUGGCUCAUGUGCAAUGACAACACUGCCGCACUCAUGGCCUCAUAUAUUGUUCAAGCUGAAUGUGGAGACUUUGUUGAAGAGGACUACCCUGACCACCGCUACCUCUCCUUGUACAAGUUUGUUCCUUCUCAAGACCCAGAGUUAGAGAGAAAAAUUAUGGAAAAUCACAAAAAACAUGUGGGUAUGACACCUGCUGCAGCUGACCUUAAUCUCUUGGAAACUGCGAGAAGAUGUGAAUUAUAUGGUAUUAAAAUGCAUCCUGCAAAGGAUAACGAAGGAGUACCACUAAACCUUGCGGUUGCACACAUGGGUGUGUUGGUGUUUCAGAACUACACAAAGAUAAACACUUUCUCUUGGGCCAAGAUACGAAAACUGUCCUUCAAACGAAAACGAUUUUUAACCAAAUUACACCCAGAGGGAUAUGGCGAGGGCUAUUACAAGGAUAUUGUUGAAUUCUUCUUUGAUGGCCGAAACGAAUGCAAAAACUUUUGGAAAAAAUGUGUCGAACACCACGGGUUCUUCCGCUGUUCUCAAGUCAAAAAAGUUCCACGACAAAAGACUAGAGUUCUUUCAAGAGGAUCAUCAUUUAGAUAUAGUGGCAGAACUCAGAAGCAGGUUCAAGAGUUUGUCAGAGAUAACUAUGUAAAAAGAGCCCCAUUUCAAAGGUCUCAGUCAUUUCGACACUCUCCCUCUGUACAUACGAGUGUAAGCAACGUAGGCAUGAGCAUCUCUGCACAACCUCUUCUUCCUCUUGGUGACAAUCAGUGUAUUGGCACACCUGUGUCUUUAUCGUGUGGCUCCAUGACCCUGGCAUCGACCGGUGACCCACAAUCCCCUGGGUCACCCACUCAGACAGAAACUGCAGACCUUCAUGACUUCGACACUCGUGACCUCGAAACCCCUAGUGUGACACCUUCCAGGCAGGAUACUCUAUCUCCAGAGACAUCUGUUACCUCCAGUCCUCAGCGAGGUCACGACCCUGAGUACCCACAUCAUCCAGGUCAGCACCGCCACUACCAAAGGGCACCCUCCUUAGACACUAACUCUACCAUGUCAUCACGACAACAACUGAAUUCUAACCCUGCUCUCAUGGAGGGAUCUAUAAAAGAAUAUUCUUAUGUUGAUAACUGUCAUUAUCAGGAACCAGCAGAUGACAGUGGGGAUAAUCUAUCGCAUGAGUCCUAUGAGCUAAUUGAAAGGGAGGGGGGUAAGUGGGCAGAGUCCCAGUCAAGCUCCAGGGCUCCUAGUAGGUCUGGUUCCAAGCUAAUGAUUAAUAGUGAAAUUGGAAGUACAGAAGGCCUGGAGUGGGCAGAACUCAAAGGGGAUAAUAAUGGUAAUAGGGGUCGUGCAAGUAGCUAUACUGGCAGUCUCCCUCGUAGUCAUGGCAGCAGUACUAAUAAAAAGCAAACAAAUGGUUAUACUGGGAGCCUUCCAAGAACUCACAGUAGCAGUCAGUCUUGUACUUUAUCCCGCAGCUUAGCUGGAAGUCGAGCAAGUUCUAGAAUUACUUUGGAACUUCCCCUUGAUUCUCGGCCAUCCGAGAAUGAUGAUGAAGAUCUUGCAAGUCCAGGUAGUCCCGAGUUUCAUGAAAACAGUGUGUGUGAAAUUACUAGUGAGAAAGGAUACAUCUUAUCAACUCGUCAUCUUGGAACUAUCACCAUCACAGAUACUUCCUCAAUGUUUAGUCAGAUUUCUCAUUCACGUCAUAGUGGCUUAGAACGCCAAGAAAGCCUUCCAGAGAGUAUUAGUAUUAGAUCACGCUCAAGUAGUCAUUCUAGAGUAGGUCGAGAGAGUCGUGAAAGUUUACGUGAGGUAGGGGAUUCUACAAGCAUAAGCACUAUGACCAUGACAACUAGACUCUCUGCCAGUAUGAGAGCUGCCAAAGAAAUGGGUCAUUAUGUUGAUUAUGGCUCAUCACAGGAAAGUCUUCAUAAAAUGAGCUCUUGUGAAAGUGAUGGUGGCUCAUCACUCUCUUCACAUACUAGAUCUUCUACAACACCUAGACCACUAGAUCUUCAGCAUGGCAAUUUCCUACAACACAGGAGAAGUACAUCAACAAGUCCUCCAAGUAUUACAUCUUAUUCCUCUCAAACUAGACCCCGCUGUAUGGAUUUUUCAACUCUUCACAAAAAGCCAAAGUUUCACAUGUAUGGAGCAGGUCGAGGAAGUGACUCUGGUGGCAACACAGAUAGUGAUAUAUGUUCACCAUUAGAAAUUCCACAUCCAAUACCUCCUCCACCAGAAGAUGUACGCGAGGAAGAGGAAGAUGAUGACGACUUAACCCCUUCUCAGGAACAGGUACAGUUUCUUCCUCGUCCAGCAGAUAUGGACCUGAUUACAAGAGUUCGAGGUAGCAGUGAUGAAGAGGAAGAUGAACAAGAAGAUUUACAGGACUUGGAAUUAGAAUCUGAACAAGAGGAUCAAAUUAUUGUAGUUAUAGAGGAGAAAGAAGAGCCUUGUAUAUUUGAUUUUGAGAUUUUGCCACCACCUCCAGAGGUUAAAGAAGAAUCUCCUUCAAGUGGAGAAAUGGAUCUCACAGAUACAUCACGUGAGAGAAAAAUUGAUGAAAGUGAUGCUUCAGAGCGCACAGUCAUAGAAAGAUUCAGACUUCCUGAUGAACGACUUAACAAAUUAGGUUCUAAAGAUAGCCAGAUGAGCAUUGAAGAAAUAGAUGAAUCAAUUCUUGAUAGGCGCUCUUCUAUGACAGGGGAGCGAAGGCAGUCUGCUCACGAUAUUGGACGUAAAUCCCCAUAUCCAACCUCAGAACGGAGACCAUCAAUUCAGGACAUGGGUUGCAUUUCUCCUUUGCUACUUGACAGAGAGCGCAGGUCUUCAUUGCAUGAAUCUGAAAGGAAAUCUCCUUAUCUAGAAACAGACAGGCGAUCCUCUGUUCAUGAUUUAGGCAGACGAUCUCCAUAUGAAAGGGAUAGAGAAAGGGAAGAUAGAGAAAGGAAGUCAUCUUCUUCUUCAGAAAGACGAAGCUCAGUAUGCUCAGAUCGUCGCAGUUCUGUAUCUUCAGAAAGGAGAGGAUCUGCUUCUUCAGAGAGGAGACCUUCUCUCUCAGACAUUGGCAGAAGAACGUCAAUAUCAAUUGAACCUGGGCAGAGAUCACCAUUUUUUGAUGCUCCUGUUUUUGAAUUUGAACCAGAGAGAGAAUCUGAUUCAGUUGAGCCAGAUACCUCUUCUUCAACUCUGGCAUCAGCAUCAGAGAAAAGCCCAACAGUGUCUGAUAUAGAGAGGAAAAACAACUUCUUUAAUGGAUUAAUGCUUAAUGAUUCACUGAUAAGCAUGGACGAGUUUACUGAAGCACUGAUACCUCCCGAGGAAGCACCAGAGCCUUUUGCUUCAAUAUCAGGAGCACGAGUGAUAGAAAUCGUGGAAGGAAAGACGGACCAUAAAGUGAUUGUCACAACAGAGCCAGAAGAGGAAGAGGAGGAGGAUGAAGAUGAAGAGGAUGAUGAUGAAGAUGAAGAUGAAGAGGAGGAGGAAGAGGAAGAUGAUGAAGAGGUAUUCAUAAAAGAAAAAGUUAUAAUUGCAAAAGAAGAUAGUAUACAGUCAGUAGAAACAGAGGGUGAAGAAGGGAAUGAAGGUUUAAGAGGUAGAGAAGGUGCUGUUGGGGUUGACACCCUUGUCCUCGAUGAGGAUGAUGCAAUUGGUGCAGUUGGUGGAACAGAGGAAGACUUAGAUCAAGAUUAUUUUGAGGAUGAUGAUGAAGAUGAUCAUGCACAAAUGAGUGAUCAAUCCCCACAGUCUCCUGACCUUGUAUCAGAGCCUGAUGAAUAUCAUGAUGAUUACCAAGAGCCCGAAUACUACCAACCAUUUACCCGACAGAUUGACAUAGGUUAUGCUUUUCCCUCUCGCACAUUAUCUCGUAUUAGUGAGAGAAGUACAACCUCUGAACAGGAGCACGAACAAGACCAUAUUGGUUUGCCUGAACCUGAGCCUGAACAUACAGAUAGCAAAAUUUCCACUCCUACUGAAGAAAAACUUCCUUCAAUUCCUUCUGAAGAGCAACAGGGGGAACUACCCUCUGAUUAUUCAAACUCAACCAGUGAUGACAAUCAGAGUGAUAGAAGAACAAGUUUGAAUGCAGAACAAGAAACUCCUCAACCAUAUACCACACAGUUCUUCUUAAGAGACCUACCAGAAUUUGUGCCUGGAGAUGAGAGUGAUGAGUUCCCUUCCCCUCCUAGCUCUGCUUUCCUGGAGAAUCCUCACACAGAACUUAGCCAUAUAGAAACUUAUUAUAUGGAAAUCAACCAAAGAGUGAAUCAGAGUAGCGAAGGAAUAUAUGACAAUAUACCUGUUAAAUUUGAAGGUAUUCAUGAGGUUUCUGAAUCUGAAUCAGCAUCUGAAGAAAAUCACACACUUCAAGAGCCUGAAGAUAAUCUUGAGAUGUUAGACGAUGUACAGGCAGUUGAGGAAUUGGAGGAAGAGCCAGGAACAUCAGCAGUAAAGGAGAAAACUACUACUCCAAAGCCAAAAACUCCUACACGAUUAAGAAAGGAAUUGCCAUCACCUUCUCCACCUCCUCCGCCACCACCCCCAAGGCCAUUUAUGCGACCUCCAUCCCUAUCCAGAAGUCCGAGUCCUCCUUUGACACCCCCAACUCCUAUCGCUAGAGAAAUGCCUAUAACUAAGUAUGAUGGAGGUCAGGUCCUUGACCUUAGACACCGUGUGGCUAUUGAGUUCGAGGUACGGGGGGGGCAUCUCCAUGAGAGUAGGGAAAACCUUUCUACUGCGGGUCUAACUGCUCAAACUGAUAGUGGAGAAUGGAAUAGCUUUUAGUAUUUUUUUUAUAGAUUACACAUUUGUUACAGGAAUAACUCUGAAUAUGUGCUGUUACUGUCUGUUACUGUGUCACAGUCCCUUACUUUGCUCACUUGACACUUUAAAUUGUCACCUUAUCAUCAUUGGGAAACACCUGCACUAAGAUUUUUCUUCUUUGCUUAAUUGCAUAACUGUAUAGAUUUAAGAAUGCAAUUAAUCUUGCAGUCUAUUCUCUUUUUGGUGCAUUAUUCAGGAAAUUUAAGCCUGUCAAGUAUUAUGUAGUGUGUAAAUUACUGUUUGCUGUCAGUUAAUUUAGCAUCACAGUUAUCAUAUCAUAUUGGUGUUCAUGAGCAAUAUAUUAUAAGUCAUGCAAGACACUUUUUAGCAUUUUGAUGUUGGUUGCUGUUCUACUGUUUCCUGUUAAACUUGUCUGAAUUUGAAAUGACGAAAUUAGUGCUCUGAGAUACUGUGUGUCAAUGAAGCUCAAUGGAAGAUUGUUACUAUGAAUCUGUAAGCUUUAAAUUAGAAUAGAAGAUUUUAAGCACCAUAUGCACAAUGACAUAACAUUCCUACAAUGGACAAGUAUAGAAAAAAAAUAGUUUUCUUGAAGAGGGUAUUCUUAAUCAUAUUUUCUUAUUAUUUUUCUCGUAUUUUCAUUUAAAUUGAAAAGAUUGAAUGUUUUUCUGAUUUAUGUAUUCGAAUGUCAGUUGUAGGUAAUUAUUUAAUUCUCAUUGUCAUUACAGGUUCAUAUUUUUCUUUUAGAUAAUACUUACAUGCCACAAGAAUUGACCAGUUUAUCACGAUUUUUCGCAAAUGUAGUUAAGUUUAUGACAGAGGAGGUAAUUCUACUCUUUAAUUCCUGGCAUUAAAAGUCUAAUUUACCAUACAAGUCAGAUGUUGAUAGGAUUUAUGAUUACACACAAAAGGCAUCUUAAAUUAAAGCUUAUAUAUACCGUGCUGUGUAUAUAUAAAUAUAUAUACACACCAUUUUUUGCUGUGUAUAUAUAAAUAUAUACACACACACACACACACACACAAUCAUACACACAUCCACACUGUAGUAACCCCCCUAUAAUCUGGAUCUCUGUUUAGUAGAUUUUUGGAUUAUCCAGACAUAUAAAUUUCAAUUUCAUCACACUUAUUAUCCAUGAAGUUUCAGUGUGAUUUAGUGGAUGAGGAUACAUGUACAUAUUGGUACCACUGAACACGAACACAAAACAUUUGAUUAAUUUCUUUCAUAUAUAUUGAUGCAUUCUUAUUUAAGCAAAAUUACAGGUAUUUUUAACACAUGUUGCGCUACCAAAUUAAAUAUAAUUACAAAAUUACAUCUUGCAAACUACGUGGGGGCAGAGCCGAUUUGUUACAGUGGGGGAACUUAUUGGAACCGUCAUGCCCCUGAUCAAAUUUUUUUUUUUUUUGGGGGGGGGGGGAGGACCAACAGCCAUUAUAAUGCAUUUACAGAUGUGGUAUAUACUAUACCAGAAUAGUACCUGGAUAGUGAAAUAUCUUCAUAAUAACUGAAGCACAUUUAGUUAAGUACAAAUCCAUCAUAAACAAUCUUCAUCCAAAGCUGAAUUUAAAAAAUCACAGAAAAUUAAUUUAUUACAUAUUUUUAGUUUUGAGGGUUAUGUAAAUUAGUGCAAUCAUUGAUAAACAAUUUGUUGUUAAACUUGUAAAUAUAUUCAAAUUAUUCACCAUGCACACAACAGAAUGAUCAAGAUUUACACACCAAAAGUUGGCUGGUCUAUAAAAAAUUCAUUAGGCAUUCAUUUAUCAUGCAUUCCUCAUUUUGAAUAUUACAUAUAAUAUAGCAAUCACUUGCAAACAGUUUAGUGUCCAAAAAAUAUACAGUAUAUGAUCAUUAUUGGAUCCAAAAAUUUAAAAUGAUUAUCAAGAAGUUUUUCACCAAGUGGUGGUGAGGGAGUGAGUGUAGUGUAGGUGGUGGAGGCAACAGCAGACUCGGGGAGCUAGCUGAAGUUCCUGCCUCACACCACCAGCCAGUCUGUCAGCAGAGAGGAGAGGUGGUUGUGCCUUGUAUAACAUACACAAAUUUUCUGCUCAAUGGAAAUAUAUUUCCACACUUUCUUAGCACCUACAGCCCCAUGACUGCUGUUGUAAGACAUCUUGCUAAUAAAAACUGAAAAUGCAAUUCAGAUAAUGUGGUAAACGAUAAGACUGUAGACUACAACCAAGCAGCUCUGAAGUUCAGAGACUUCAGGAUUUCCUAUCUGGUACAUUUUUUGGUUACUUAACCCUUAGACUGCGCAAUACAUACAUAUAUGAUUUGACAAAAAAUAAUUUAAGAUAAGUUAUAAAACUUGCACAAACACUUUCCAAUUUUUUUUGCAUAAUCAACUAGGCAAAUGCUCCAACUUUGUCUAAAUGAUCACAGCAUAACUUGAAAAACCAGAGAAUCAAAAUUAAAUUUAAAAUUGA